CUAACCACAGCUGCACUCGCAUACAUUCACAACAAGUAAACAACAUUCAUGGCCAUGGCGACAAAGUUCAAGUACAAUCUCGAGGCGCUGGAGUGGGAUAGCGAGCACAAGCGCAACAAGGAGGGCGUGUACUGCUACUGUGGGCUGGACUACACCAUCGGCGACCCGAUGCUUCAGUGCAGCCAAUGCAUGCAGCUGUUCCACUGGGACUGCGUGUCGUGCCUGAAGACGAAGCCGCUGUUUGGCGACAGCUUUUAUACGUUCACAUGCAGCGUCUGCAACAGCGGCAAGGAGGAGUACGAGCGCGACACGCUGAGCUGGGUGCAGGUAAUCUACAUCGUGCUCUACCACUUGAUCCACGCACAGCCAGACAAAAAGUACUUUAGGUGGCGGGAGAACAUCUGCGCCACCAUCAACGAGAACUGGGACGCGCUGAUGCCGGGGAAAGGCGAAGACUGCCACAUGGCACAACACGGUCGCCGGUCGGGCUUCGACGACACGCAGCAGCCGGGCAACUGGACAUUGCAGGAUGUGGUUGCGCCCUCGAUGGCCAAGUUCAAGGGCCCGACAAAAAAGGCUGACUCGUCGGGCCGGGCGCCACGGAAUGUCCACAGAGGCGAUUCAAAGAAGGUGUCGCGGAAACGCAGUCACGACGACACGGUGCCGAAUUCGGAGGCAGAGAAGGAGAUCCUGGAAGUUCUCAACGAGGGCAGGAAGCGUAGCAAUGCGCGCCACCGCGUGUCAUUCAGCGACGACGACUCAGAGGACGAGCACCGGCAGCGCAAGGCCAGGGCAAAGCGCUCCCGGCCCACGCUCAAGUCUCUGGAUGCCGACAUGGAUCUGCUGCAGAGCUUUGAGCUGUUCACAAAGAUGGAGAAGGAGCGGACUUCGGGCGGCGCCGACAAGUCAGAGGAGAUCGAGUCAAAUGCCUCGUCCAAGGACGGAGGAGUGGUGGAUGCUGGUGAUGGCCUUGAUGCUGACUCCGGAUCAGAACUCAGCUCACUGGACUCUUGGUCGACCGGCUCGGCGAUGGGGGAUAUCACACUGUCCAGCGGCAGCGAGGACGACGAAGAGAGCGAAGUGAAAAUGGAAAAGGGAGGCACCAAAGGCAAUACGCAAUCAUUGCUACAAGCAAAGGAUUGUCACAGAUCAGAGAGAUCCCCACUGACGACGAAGGACGAGGAGCAAAACAUUCCACCUUCCCACACGAGCACAGAUGGUGAAGACGAUGACGACAACCACGACCACGACGAUGACGAAACUGCUAUCCACGAGGACGAUUCCAAACCCGACGAUUCGCAUCUCACCGUGCCCAACCCGCUCUUUGAUCCGCCAUCGGCAGCUGCCAGCAAGCUAGGGAUAAUGAAGGAGCGCGCAGAAUGGGAUCUGUGCUCGCGCCUGGAUGCAAGCAAAGUGCCACUGAAUAUGUCGGCACGGCGACUGCGACGCCGCUUGCAUAUGCGUCGGUCAAAGCGCGUCCUCGGCCAGCGCGUAUUUAAUAUCGACGCUAUGGUGGCAAAGUACAUGGCCAAGACGCAAGAGCCGCUGCUGCGUGAAGACGCUGCCAGCGACUCGAGCGAUGACGACAGUGACCACGAUGGUGGUCCCGGUGGGCGUGCAACAGCCUCGUCACACCAGCAGAGUGGCGACUCCAGCUCGUUGCAAAAGUACUCUGACACCGCUGAUUUCGAACCGCUCACAGCGACACCGUACAUCAACUCCCUGACGACGUCGGCAACUACCAUCAGCCCCUUCCAUGGCCGAUUCCUUCGCCCCUAUAUCUGGCGUGAUUUCAUCGACGUGUCUAAGCCAGAAACAAGCAAGAGACGCCUGGGAUCCCGUUCCAGUCUUGCUGCGCUGCAUGUGCAUCGCUCAAUCAAGGCAAGAGCACACCCGCUGUUCGCCAAGCUGCAUCUCCAUCCCAUUGAUCUCCACGACUGCGAACCUAUUGACUACGUGUUCCUUCAACGCGAGCACCUGCCACAGGUGAAUGCGCUACUGUGCCGCACCUUCUGGCCCGGUGUUGACAUGAGCGAUGCUCUGACGUAUCCAGAGUUCAGUGUUGUUGCCCUGUACAAGCGUACUGUGGUGGGUUGUGCGUUCCUGACGCCCGAGGCCUAUCUCACGUACAUUGCAGUAGCUGCGGGGUGGGAGGGCGCCGGCAUUGCGACCUUUAUGAUCCACCACCUGACCCAGACCAUGCCAACCAAAGAUAUCACGCUGCAUGUGUCGGCGACUAACCUGGCAAUGCUGCUCUACCAGCGGUUUGGGUUCAAGCCCGAGCGCUUUGCUGUGGACUUCUACAAGUCAUACCUUCCCAGGGACAGCAGGCAGUGCCCGAAUGCCUUCUUUAUGCGGCUACGCCGUUACUAGCUUUUCAGCACCUCAUCUUCCCAAACAUAGAUACGUUUCCU